AUGGUCCAGUCGCCUAUGAUAUCCAGUCCUCUGAAGCAAACCAGCGAGAUUGACUGGAUUCAACCCCUCAAGGCUUACAUCCGGCAGACGUACGGUGAUGACCCAGAGAGAUACUCAGAAGAAUGCGCUACCUUGAACAGGCUGCGGCAGGACAUGAGGGGCGCUGGCAAAGAUAGCGCUGCUGGACGGGAUCUGUUAUAUCGAUACUAUGGCCAGCUCGAACUGCUGGAUCUGCGGUUUCCGGUUGAUGAGAAUCAUAUCAAGAUAUCUUUUACCUGGUACGAUGCAUUUACUCACAAGCCAACCUCUCAAUACUCAUUGGCCUACGAAAAAGCUUCGAUUAUCUUCAAUAUAUCCGCUGUCCUGUCAUGUCACGCUGCAAACCAGAACCGAUCCGAAGACACUGGUCUAAAAACCGCCUAUCACUCCUUCCAAGCCUCCGCGGGAAUGUUCACUUAUAUCAAUGAGAACUUUCUACAUGCUCCUUCGACGGAUCUAAGCAGGGACACUGUCAAAACGCUGAUAUCGAUAAUGCUGGCACAGGGCCAGGAAGUCUUCUUGGAGAAACAGAUAACCGAUGGGAAGAAGCCUGGAUUCCUUGCUAAACUCGCAAGUCAAGCUGCCUAUCUCUAUUCACAAGCAGUGGAGGGCGUACAGGAAAAUGUCACAAAGGGAAUAUUUGAGAAAGUGUGGUCAAUCCUAGUCCAAGUUAAAGCCUCUCUGCUAGCGGCCGUUGCCGGUUACUACCAGGCCAUUGCAGACGACGAGGGAACCCUAUACGGCAUUGCCAUUGCCCGACUCCUUCUGGCGGAAAAGCAAACCACUACAGCCCUGAACUGGGCAAAAUCCUUUCCAUCCUCUGUCCCCGCGAGCUCCAAUUUGAGUGCUGAUACUGGCCCAAUAUUACUUGACACCGUCCGUCGACAUCUCACCUGCGUCCAAGAGACGCUAGCAACGUUUACCAAGGAUAACGAUUUUAUAUACCACCAGCCCGUCCCCUCGGAACCCACGCUCUCAACUAUCGCGAAAUUGCCGGCUGCCAAGGCCAUACCAGUCAGUGAGCUCUACCAAGGACAAGAUAUACAGAGGAUAAUUGGCCCAGACAUUUUCCAAAAGAUUGUUCCCAUGUCCGUCACAGAAUCAGCCAGUUUGUACGAUGAGGAAAAAGCAAAACUAGUUCGUGCAGAGGCGGAGAAAGUCGAAGCAGCCAAUGGGGAAAUGGCCGCCAGUCUUGAUUAUCUCAAAUUACCGGGAAGCUUGAAUAUUUUAAAGGGUGGGAUGGACCAGGAAAUUAAUGUUGAUGAGGAGUUUAAGAGAUGGUGUGAAGAACUCGCCAAUGCGCCCCACUUCCGUGAAGCUUUCAACGAACUGCAGGAUGAGAAAAUAUCAAUAUUAAGCGUAUUGGAUCAAUGCUCUAAACAGCUUGACAUGGAGGAGAGCGUUUGUGAAAAGAUGCGAUCUAAAUACGGGGGUGAUUGGGUACAACAACCCAGCUCUCGGUUGACGUCGACCCUGCGGAGUGAUCUUCGGAAUUACCGCGAUACCAUCGACGAAGCAAGUUCCAGCGAUUCGCAACUUCUAGUAAAUCUAAGGCAGCAUGAAGCUGACUUUGACGAGAUGCGGUCCGCUGGGGAAACUGAUGAAGCUGAUAUUUUGUUCCAAAGUGCCCUUAUUAAGGUUGGAGGGAAACACGGUAAAAGUCGAUAUGGACAAGGCGGUAGUCCUUAUACUGCGGCGCCGGAGGUUUCUCUCAUUGAUGACGAUUUCGAGGAUGAAACGUCUGUUGCCGAGCAAAUUGCGAGAGUGGAAGAGUUGCUUAGGAAAUUGAAUCUUGUGAAAAGAGAUCGGAUUCAGAUAUUGAAAGAUCUCAAGGAGAAGGUUCACAAUGAUGAUAUCUCCAAUGUGCUCAUAUUGAAUAAGAAAUCGAUCGCCAAUCAAGAAAAUCAACUGUUCCAAACUGAACUCGAGAAAUUCCGCCCUCAUCAAAAUCGCCUGUUACAAGCAAACCACAAGCAAACUGCGCUCAUGAAAGAACUUACAAAAGUUUACGGUGACCUACUCCAGGAUAGCCGAGUCAGAUCAGAGCAGUCCAAAUAUGAACUGCUUACGCGACACAGGAACUCGGUUAUGUCCAAAUAUAAAAAGAUAUACAAUGCUUUCAGAGAUAUUAGCUCGGGUCUAGAACAGGCACAGGUUUUCUACGCCGAAAUGAAGGAUACAGUUGAUAACCUGAAAAAGAACGUCGACACAUUUGUCAACAACCGACGGUCCGAAGGAGCUCAACUACUCAGCCAGAUCGAACGAGAUAAAUCCCACCACCAAUCCAACCACGAAGACAGAGAGCGCGAAAAACUAAAAACCCUCAUGGAACGGCUCUCCGUCGAGACCACUCCUCAAUCCCCACCAACCUCCUCAUCAAAAACAAGACCAUCCCCGCUAAAACCGACAUCCGGCCGCUCUCCGCCAAUCUCCUCCCAUCCCCCAAACCCCCAUCCUCACACCCAAUCACCCGCCGUAACCUACCCGUCCUUCGGCACCAGUGGCAUCGCCCCACCCACCGCCACCAACCAAUACAUAGGCGGCCAAGCAUACGCCCAGCAACCCCCCCAAGCAACCGAAGGCUACAACCCAAUGGCCUACCUCUACCAACCCCCAACCUCCCCCCCAGCAACUCAGCAGUUCUUCUCACCGACUCAGUACGGGUAUCCAAACCCACCUUCAACACAACCUGGAAUGACACCACAGCAACAAUCGCAUGCUUCCCAGUUCAUGCCGCAGGGGUAUAUACCGCCGCCCCCGCCGCCGCGGCCGUUGCAGUCGCAGCCGCAGCCGCAGCCGCAGUCGCAGUCACCUUAUCCGCAGUCGAAUCCACAUUAUCCGCCUGGCGGAGCGGGGUAUAUGCAGAGGCCGUAUAGUGCUGCGCAACCGCAAUCGCAACAGCAGGGGCAGCAGGGGCAACAGCAGGGUCAGCAGGGUCAGCAGGUACAAGGGCAGAAUAACAGCAGUGACCCGUGGGCGGGGCUGAAUGCGUGGAAAUAG